GCUGAAACUUCUGAUGAAGAAGAAAAUUGGUCAAAUGUAAUUGAGAACUGGGUUGGAAUGUUAGACAGUGAAAAUCGGUUAGAGAAUGGUGAAAUUGUAGAUGAUGAACUACCUGAAUUUGAAUUUGGUGGGCGCACUACUCACCCAGCAGAUGAUUCAUUGGCAAAAUAG